AUGGCCCAUAAAAAAUCACUAGAAGCUAUGGACAGAACAUUACAAGAAUUGCGAAAAAACUCUGAAAUAAUGGGAGGAGCUCUACUCAUACUCUCAGGAGACUUUCGACAAACACUUCCAGUUAUUCCCAAGUCAACACCAGCAGACGAGACCAAUGCAUGUUUAAAAAAGUCACAUCUCUGGCCACAAGUACAAAUACUGCAAUUAACAAAAAACAUGAGAAUUGAAUUGUCAAAAGAUGAAACAACAGCACAUUUUGCUAAAAUACUUUUACAAAUAGGCGAAGGUACAUAUCCUACUGACCAAACGACCGGCCUCAUUGAACUCAAUAGUGAUUUCAGUAACAUAGCCACUACAGAAAACGAACUAAUCGACAAAAUUUAUCCAAAUAUUAUUCAGAACUAUACCAACUUAGAGUGGUUAUUUCAAAGAGCAAUUUUGGUCACUAAAAAUAAUAUUGUUGACGAUAUCAAUUUUAAUAUUCUAAAGAAAAUACCUGGUGAAGAGAAAAUAUAUAAAUCGAUUGACACGAUGGUACCCAUUGAAGAAAGUGUUAACUUCCCUACUGAAUUUCUAAACUCUUUAUAG